GGGGGAGAGUGAUCGUAGUACUCCGGGGCGUGCUAGUCAGCUAGUCCUCCUCAUCCCCAUCCUUUUUCCCUCUACCUCUCUUGCUUCCUUCCCAGUCCCUUUCUCCUCCCCCCACCAUUGUUCUUCAUUUCCCUUCCCCGUAGCUGGAGUUGUCGCGGAGUGCGCGCGGCUGCUACCCGAACGGCCGCAAUGGCUCUCCAGGAAAGUGCCGUCUAUUGCACACUUCUACUGAGUGACCACUAUCUUCCAGGCGCCACGGUUCUCGCGCAUUCCUUACGUGACAAUGGGACCAAAGCAAAACUGGUGGCCCUCUACACGCCGGAUAGUCUCCAGCCCGAUACAAUCCAGGAGCUGCAGACCGUCUACGAUGAAUUGAUACCCGUGAACCCUCUAACGAACAUCACGCCAGCGAACCUCUGGCUAAUGGACCGCCCGGACCUGAUCUCCACCUUCACCAAGAUCGAGCUAUGGCGCCAGACCCAAUUCAAGCGCAUCGUCUACAUCGACUGCGACGUCGUGGCGCUCAAAGCCCCCGACGAGCUCCUGGACCUAGACGCGGACUUCGCUGCGGUCCCGGACGUGGGCUGGCCCGAUUGCUUCAACAGCGGGGUCAUGGUUCUCCGACCCAACCUGCAGGACUACUUCGCUCUCAAGGCGCUCGCAGAACGAGGCAUCAGCUUCGAUGGCGCCGACCAGGGUCUCCUGAACAUGCAUUUCCGGGAUUGGCAUCGGCUAAGCUUCGCGUAUAAUUGCACCCCCAGUGCCAAUUACCAGUAUGUGCCGGCGUAUAAGCAUUUUCAGAGUACCAUAAACAUGAUUCAUUUUAUUGGCGCCCAGAAGCCGUGGAAUAUGGCCAGGCAGGUUGAGCCGGUGCAGUCGCCGUAUAAUCAGUUGUUGGGGCAUUGGUGGGCGGUUUAUGAUAGGCAUUAUAGGCCGGUUGUCACGGUGCCGAUUCCGUCGUCCGAGACUGUGACUGCAAUUCAGGCGGAAUUGACUCGCCAGGAUGCGCCUUGGACUUCCCCGGAGGAUGUGCCGGAGCUGCCGCGUGCGGAAUAUCAGGAUCAUGUGUUCCGUGGACAGGGUCAGGCUCUGGAAACCCACUUUGAGACGUCUAAGCAUGUUUAUUCGCAAAAGGAGGGGGAUUCGUCUCAACCUGCGGCAUUGGCACCGAGCUACUCUGGCCAUCAGUCUACACAUGGCGUUUCUCAAGGCGACCAGGGAUACCAGGGGCGUCAGGAACACUAUGAGCACCAUGGAGACCAAGGAUACCAAGGAUCUCAAGGACCUCAAGGGUACCAAGGGAACCAUGGAUACCAAGGAGACCAAGGAUCUCAAGGAUACCAAGGGGAUCAAGGACACCAAGAACACGUUGAACAUCAAGGGCACUAUGAAAACCAAGGGCAAUAUGUACACCAAGGACAUCAAGUACAUCAAGGGGAAGCGUUCCAGCAAAACAUACUAUCUCAAACACAUUGGACAUCAGAAGGAGCGGGGCCACCCUCGUACCACGUACCACAACCGGAACAUCAUGCAGGUGAGAGUGUGCAAGCGCCGAUUCGAAGUGCUGUUCCACGAUAUGUUCGCGGAGAGGAGCAUGUUACGGCCUACAUACACCCUCAGUCAGGCACGACGUCGUUUGCGGCCCAUAUUGAACCACCGACGCAUGCCCAGGAAGUCCAUGUGCCGACCACUCCCUCAAAGCCGUCAGAUGUCCAGCCCCAGUUCCACGAACAGCCCGCAGAGCCUAUUCGCGAGUCUGAAACUCUGGCUCCUGUGCCGGCGUCUCCAAAGCCUGAAGUCGAAACUUCCUUCGAGCCUCCCAAGGCAGAAUGGGACGCGUCCAAGGAACCUCCGCCAUUGAACUCAAAGCCAGAAGGAAUUGCUCUGGAGACAAAAACCUACACGAUGUCGCAGGAUGAGCAGCUUUUCCAGCCUCCGCCAUCCUAUCCAGAAGCACCUAAAAACAUGUACUACGAAGUCCCAAGCACGAAGCCUGAGCCUGAAAAGCUCACGCAGCUGUUCCCGUGGGAGAGCCAUGCGCCCAAACCGACUCGGAUUUUCGCAGAAGACGAGCAGAGCUCAUCUACAUUCACGCUCCCGACAUCCUUCAUCGAAACCACCGAAGAGGAAUCUGGCAUGUCUCCCGAUACGCAAAAAAUGUCCUGGACCUCCGAAGAGCCCCCCGAAUCUUGGGAAAACUACACCCGCUCCAAUGCAUGGGACGAAGUUCCCGAGAUCCAACAAUACAUCCAAUCACUUCAACAGUCCCGCAAAGGCAGAGUGCAGGUGAUCUCGGGCGGGUCAGCCAGCCAAGCACACGGCAGUCUGGACCGCUACAACUUCAACUUCGCUUCCAACGCCCGCGUGACCGAUUUCCCCAGCGAGCUAGAGCGUCCCAGUCUGCCUGUCACCCCCGCGCCCAUCCGCAGACAGCCGCUCAGCCCCGGCGAAAAAACCACCUACGAAGACCUCCUCCCGCCCGCGCACGGUGUGCCAAACCAGGACGACUGGAACCCUACAGCCGGCCUCGAAGAGCUUCGUCGACGACAGUCCGAAGUCUUGGAGAACCCAGAUCUGCUUCUUGAGCGCAUCCGGAAGUGUUCGUCGGCGUCGAUGACGACGACGGCUUCUUCCAGGCAGAAGGAAUCAUGAGUUAUGAGAUGUCCAUCAAAUUGUUUUGAGCAAGCAGCAAGCAGUAUUCAGAAAGAAUGU